CGGAGGCCAUGGCAGCUACCGCCGCCAACCCGGAAAUGGCUUCAGAUGUUUCCUCACUGGCUGCAGCUGUCAGCUCUGGGAACCCUGGCCCAGGGCCUCAAGCUGGAGGAGCCAUCGUGCAGAGAGCCACCAAGAGGAGGCCUGGGCUUGAUUUUGAUGAUGAUGGAGAAGGGAACAGUAAAUUCCUCAGAUGUGACGACGAUUCGAUGCCAAACGACAAGGAGAGGUUUGCCAGGUCUGAUGAUGAGCAGAGCUCAGCGGAUAAGGAGAGACUUGCCAGGGAGAACCACAGCGAGAUCGAGCGGCGGCGGCGGAACAAGAUGACGGCGUACAUCACCGAGCUGUCCGACAUGGUGCCCACCUGCAGCGCCCUGGCACGCAAGCCCGACAAGCUGACCAUCCUGCGCAUGGCAGUGUCCCACAUGAAGUCCCUGAGGGGCACGGGCAACACCUCCACGGAUGGCACCUACAAACCUUCCUUCCUCACAGACCAGGAGCUCAAACACCUGAUCCUGGAGGCAGCUGAUGGCUUCCUGUUCAUCGUGUCCUGUGAGACAGGCAGGGUGGUGUACGUCUCCGACUCGGUGACGCCGGUGCUGAACCAGCCGCAGUCGGAGUGGUUUGGCAGCACCCUCUACGACCAGGUGCACCCUGACGACGUGGGCAAGCUGAGGGAGCAGCUCUCCACCUCUGAGAACGCCCUGACAGGUCGCAUCCUAGACUUGAAGACAGGGACAGUGAAGAAGGAGGGGCAGCAGUCCAUGAGGAUGUGCAUGGGGUCACGGAGAUCCUUCAUCUGCAGGAUGAGGUGUGGGAACAGCUCAGUGGAUCCUGUGGCUGUGAACCGCCUGAGCUUCAUGAGGAACCGCUGCAGGAACGGCCUCGGUGCGGCGAAGGAUGGAGAACCUCACUAUGUGGUGGUGCACUGCACAGGGUACAUCAAAGCCUGGCCUCCUGCAGGUGUUUCACUGCCUGAUGAUGACCCAGAUGCUGGCCAGGGCAGCAAGUUUUGUCUUGUGGCUAUUGGCAGGCUUCAGGUCACCAGCUCCCCCAACUGCACAGACAUGAACAACGUUUGCCAGCCCACAGAGUUCAUCUCCAGGCACAACACUGAAGGCAUCUUCACCUUCAUCGACCACCGCUGCGUGGCCACCGUCGGCUACCAGCCGCAGGAGCUGCUGGGGAAGGACAUUGUGGAUUUUUGUCACCCUGAAGACCAACAGCUGCUGCGGGACAGCUUUCAGCAGGUGGUGAAGUUAAAAGGCCAGGUGCUGUCGGUCAUGUUCCGCUUCCGCUCCAAGAACCGGGAAUGGCUCUGGAUGAGAACCAGCUCCUUCACCUUCCAGAACCCCUACUCUGAUGAGAUCGAGUACAUCAUCUGCACCAACACCAACGUCAAGAACUCGAGCCAGGAGUCUCGGCCUGCCCUGUCAAACUCCCUGCAGAGGCCCCAGCUGGGGCAGAGUGUGAGCCUCCCCCUGGAGAUGGGCACAGCCCAGCUGCCCUCAAGGCAGCAGCAGCCACCACAGCAGACAGAGCUGGAAGUGGUCCCAGGGAGAGAGAGCCUGGCUGGCUAUGACCACUCCCAGGUUCCUGUGCAGCCUGUGGCUGCUGCUGGCCCGGAGCACAGCAAGCCCCUGGAGAAGGCUGAGGGUCUCUUCCCCCAGGAGAGGGACCCUCGCUUCACUGAGAUCUACAGUGGGAUCAGCACAGAGCAGAACAAAGCCAUUCCUGCCAGCACUGUGCCUGCCUCCCAGCCUCUCUUCCCACCAGGGAACAGCUUCACCCCAGCACGACCUGCUGAGAGCUUCAGGAGCAGCAGCAUGGUGCCUGCUGUGAGCAUCAUCCAGCAGCAGCAGCAGCAGCAGCAGCAGCAGCAGCAGCAGCAGCAGCAGCAGCCCUCGGCUGGGGGCCGCAUCCUGGCACAGAUCUCGCGGCAGCCCAGCCCGGCGCAGGGCAGCGCCUGGGCCCCGGGCACACGGCCCAGCUUCACCCCACAGGUGCCAGCCCAGGCAGUGAAGACUCGGCCUCCUUCCUUCAGCAUGGGCACUUUCCAGGGCACCUCCUCCUCCUUCAGCCCCAUGGCAGCUCCUGGCUCCACAGCUUCUCCCUCGGGGGCUGCCUACCCCAACCUGGCCAGCCGUGGCCCAGGCUUCACAGAGGCCUCUCCGGCCCCGGCCGGGUUCGUGCCGCGGGCAGCGGAGGGGGUGGGGCUGUGGCAGUGGCAGGGGCAGCACCAUGGCAGCGGCGAGCAGCACGUCCAGCAGCCUCCAGCCAGCCAGCCUGAGGUCUUCUCAGUAAGAUGA